GCCAAUGUACCCGUCACCCCCCUCGCACGCCUAACCGCGCCCACCACCCCGAACGCUGCCCCGCCUUGGCGCCGCACGAUCCCAACGAACGGCGACGGUUCGGGGAUGACGACAUCUUCGCGGCGUCGGCGGCCCCCACCGCGCGCGCCCGAUGUGUACGGGUUGGUAUGUCUUCUUGCUUCCCGUCGCAUGCGCGUAGUACCAUAUAGAUUGAUUGAUUAUAAAUUGUUGGAGCUGGACCGAGCCGGAUCGAUUGUUCUGGUGAGUCGUGAGUCGUGAGUCGUGACCAGAAGAAGAGGAUUGGAUUAUCUGCGGCGGCCAUGGCGUUCUUCGAGGGAAUGGAGUCGUACGCCCCCUACCUACACCAAUUCGCAGCAUCGGUCUCCGGGACAAGCUGCGACAGGGCGGCGGCGGACGAGGAGUGCCGCGACGAUGCGGCGGCGCUGAGGCUCAAGAUGGUGGCCGUCGCGUCCAUCCUCGUCGCUGGAGCGGCGGGCGUCGCCAUCCCGCUCGUGGCCCGCAAGCGCCGCGGCGGCUCCGGCAGCGGCGCCGGGGGCGGCGGGACGUUCGUGCUCGCCAAGGCGUUCGCGGCUGGGGUGAUCCUGGCAACGGGGUUCGUACACAUGAUGCACGACGCGGAGGAGAAGUUCGCCGACCCGUGCCUCCCCUCCACGCCCUGGCGCCGGUUCCCCUUCCCGGGAUUCGUCGCCAUGCUCGCCGCGCUCGGCACCCUCGUCGUGGACUUCGUCGGCACGAGCUUCUACGAGCGCAAGCACCGCCGCGACGAGGAGGAUGCUUCCGCCGCCGCAGCCGCCGCACGCGAUGAGAGCGAGGCGACGCGCUUCCUGCUCGACGACGGCGUGCCCUCCUCACGGAUCGCUGCGGCUGCGGUGAGCGGUGGCGACGAGAAGCAAGACGCCAUGCACAUCAUAGGGAUCCGCGCGCACGCGGCCGCGCACCGGCACAGCCAUGCGCACGGCCAUGGCGCCUGCGACGGAGGAGCCGUGUUCGACGGCCACGGCCACGGGCAUGAACAUGGCCAUGCGGACGAGGAGGGCCCGUCCCAAUCUCGGCAUGUAGUUGUGUCACAGAUUCUAGAGCUGGGGAUUAUUUCGCACUCGGUGAUCAUCGGACUAUCGCUGGGUGUUUCGCAGAGCCCAUGCACAAUCAAACCUCUGGUUGCUGCCCUCUCCUUCCACCAGUUCUUUGAGGGUUUUGCAUUGGGAGGCUGCAUUUCUGAGGCUCAGUUCAAGAAUUUCUCUGCUCUCCUGAUGGCUUUCUUCUUUGCUAUCACAACACCUGCGGGGAUCACCGUGGGGGCAGGGAUCGCAUCAUUCUACAAUCCCAACAGCCCCAGGGCGUUGGUGGUGGAGGGCAUUCUGGAUUCAAUGUCGGCUGGUAUAUUGAUCUAUAUGGCACUAGUUGAUCUCAUAGCUGCUGAUUUCCUUAGCCGGAAAAUGAGCUGUAAUCCAAGGCUACAAGUGUGCUCCUAUGUAGCAUUGUUUCUUGGGGCUAUGGCCAUGUCAUCACUUGCUAUCUGGGCUUAGUGUUAGUAAGUAUACUUAAGCAAGAUGAAGGCAUAGGGGGAAGCUGCCUGGUGUCCUAGACUCCAAGUAACUUUUGUGGAAGAUGGGUUGAUCCUUUUCUUUGUCUUUUUUUGUUCAUUCUUUUGUUUGUUUGUUCUUGUCUUGGUGGUUGGGUGGAAUAAGUCCCUGUUCGGUCAUGCAAAACGAAGUCCCUCUUUGGGAUACAUUGUGAAUUUGUGAUGGGUGGAGAAGAGAGGAUGAGAGAGGAAUUUGUUCAGGGAAUAGAGAUCUCAAUGAGUGUUGGAUAUGAGAAAUUGUCAAUCCACGUUAUAAGUCUUUUAAUCUUACAUGUACAUCAAUGUGGAUCCUGGAGCGGCCAAUUGGACUGUUCGAAUAUUCAGUGUCAGGUGCUGUUCAAAAUGGGAGUGGUACUUAUGCA